AUCCUAUCUCUAUUUCACAACCGUCUUCACAUCUCCGCUUCCGAUCUGCUCCUUCUCCAAAUGACGGCCUACAAGGGAAAGUACCAUGAUGAGCUCAUUAAGAAUGCUGCCUACAUUGGCACCCCUGGAAAGGGUAUUCUAGCUGCUGAUGAGUCUACUGGCACCAUUGGAAAACGUUUCGACAGCAUCAAAGUUGAGAAUGUUGAGGAAAACAGGCGCGCUCUUCGUGAGCUCCUCUUCACUGCCCCUGGUGUACUCCAAUACCUUAGUGGAGUGAUCCUCUUUGAGGAGACCCUCUACCAGAAGACAGCUGAAGGCAAACCAUUCGUUGAGGUCUUGAAGGAAGGUGGUGUUCUCCCUGGCAUUAAGGUUGACAAGGGUGUUGUUGAGCUUGCUGGUACCAAUAGUGAGACCACAACCCAGGGUCUGGAUGGCCUUGGUGCACGCUGCGCAAAGUACUACGAAGCUGGUGCCCGGUUUGCCAAAUGGCGUGCUGUGCUCAAGAUUGGUCCCAAUGAGCCAUCUCAGCUGUCCAUCAAUGAGAAUGCUAAUGGAUUGGCACGUUAUGCUAUCAUCUGCCAGGAGAAUGGCUUGGUACCCAUUGUUGAGCCAGAGAUCCUUGUUGAUGGACCCCAUGACAUCAACAAGUGCGCUGAUGUGACUGAGCGCGUCCUUGCUGCAUGUUACAAGGCUCUCAAUGACCACCACGUCCUUCUUGAAGGAACUCUCUUGAAGCCCAACAUGGUCACUCCUGGAUCUGAAGCCAAGAAGGCUUCACCAGAAGUGAUUGCUGAGUACACAGUUCGUGCCUUGCAGCGCACUACCCCUGCGGCGGUCCCUGCUGUGGUGUUCUUGUCUGGUGGACAGAGUGAGGAGGAGGCUACCCUCAACCUUAACGCCAUGAACCAGCUCAAGGGAAAGAAGCCAUGGACUCUUUCCUUCUCUUUUGGCCGUGCUCUUCAGGCCAGCACUCUCAAGGCUUGGUCAGGUAAGAAAGAGAAUGUCAAGGCUGCCCAGGAGGCUCUCCUCACAAGGGCCAAGGCCAACUCAGAGGCAACCUUGGGAACAUACAAGGGCGAUGCCAAGCUUGGUGAGGGUGCUGCAGAGAGUCUUCAUGUCAAGGACUACAAGUAUUAAUCGAGCUGUUUGGUAGCAUGUACUCUCUAUGUCUCUUCUGUCAUUGUUUGGUAGCUUGUUCUCUCUAUGUCUUCUGUCCUAGUAUAGGUCGGUCCUUUUGGGAAAACCAUUUUCUCUAUAAACUCGGGAUGAGAUGCUAGUCUGAUAUAAGCUUGAGGAAUAUUAGCAAGCAAAGAGAGUUGUUAUUUACCCCUUAAUUUGGUUUAGUUGGAGAACUACUCGUGUGUUAGGUAAUUUUGGUUAAUCUUUGAUUUUGAUGUCUUAUAUUGCAUUGCAUCUCAUAUUCGUCACCAGACCUCUUCAGUGCGUGUAUGGAGAAAAUUGAGGUACCGGCGUUCUGUUUGCGAAAAGGUUUAAAUUGCAACCAACUUUAUAGCACAUCCUAUUAGUCUCUUACACAACUGAAGAAGCUUUGGUCAGAUUUUUUUUUU